GCCGUGGCCAAAAUCUAACCUCAACCUCACUUUCACUGGAAUUGAAGGUUAUGUGAUAUUCAAAUUUGUGUUUCUGCGACAUUAAUUUCUAAAAAAAAAUGAGUAAAUAUGUCAAAUACAUAGAUUUAGCUAAACAAACUACGGAAUAUGCCCGACGGAUGAACCGGUUAAGCAACAGAAUCUUUGGCGAGGUGGCUCGUCCUACAUCAUCUAAAUCUAUGAAAGUUGUGAAACUGUUCAGCGAGCAACCGUUGAAUUUAAGGAAAGAAGUUCAUUCGUAUUACCCGAGGCACGUAGAAACUGGAAAGUUAAUGAUGAAACUCAGGUAUUACGGCUUGUACAGAGACGAACACGCAGACUUCCAAGAGGAAAUGAAAAGGAUGAGGGAGUUGAGAGGAAAAGUGAAGCCUGUGUGGAAGACUAAAGCGCAGAGGGAACAGGAAAAACAAAACAGCUAACAGACCAACUAUUUUUGUAGUUUUAUUUAAUACAUAGCGUACAAAUUGUAGUUUACUUUCAUAUUUCUAGUCACACUCAAAUUGUCUAUCCUAAAGAUUACGGAACAAAUAGCAAUAUUAACAUUUCCCACAUCCUUUAAAAUUGACUGAUUUAAACUACUAAAUUUUGGCGAUUAAUAAACAAUAUAAAAUUUAA